CGACCGACACAAACACGGCCGAACCCGUUUUGGCUCAAUUCGAAGAUCUUCUGGCACAUUGCUCUCCCUAGGGUUUCCUUGGGAAGGAUCAUCGGGACACCGAGGAGGGCUUCAAUUCCUCGAGGUCGAGGUUUUAGCGCUUUUCCCGAGUGUUCAUCGCUGGGAUUUUUGACGUUCUACUCUUUGUUCUGAUUUAUUUUGACGAUAAGAUCUUUGUGCACUGUAUGCUCGUUUGCUUGUGCGAGUGAGACUUGGAGUAAAGGUGUUGCUUUUUUUAGCUGUUCGGAGUUGGGGUUUUAAGUAGGCCAAUGGAGGACGACACAAAUGCCAAAAAAGAAGAGGAGGAAUUCAAUACAGGACCUCUCUCUGUUCUGAUGAUGAGUGUCAAAAAUAAUACACAGGUGCUUAUCAAUUGCAGGAACAACAAGAAGCUACUUGGCCGCGUGAGAGCUUUUGAUCGUCACUGUAACAUGGUCCUUGAAAAUGUUAGGGAAAUGUGGACUGAGAUACCCAAGACAGGCAAGGGAAAGAAGAAAGCACUUCCAGUCAACAAGGAUCGAUUCAUCAGUAAAAUGUUCAUUCGAGGGGAUUCAGUCAUCAUUGUACUCAGGAAUCCCAAGUGAGCCUUCUCAGCUUAAAUGCCAUUUCAUGUAGGCACUGAUAUGCCAUGAACUGUUAUCUUGUUUUGGGACUGGCUAGAAGAUACAUCAGUCUUUAUCAUGUUGAACUUUGUUUCUUUUGAAUACAAUGGUUAGAAUUGAUGAGUA